ACCGCUGCAGAGCCAGGGACAAGCACCAAAGACAAGCCGAGGUGCAGCAAAUGAGAGGAACCAUAUGAAGACAGUUUGCAGAAGAAAGCAAAAGGAUCACUUCUAACCGGCAACCAGUGCGGGUAUUCCUCUUCACCCACACCUUCCUGUUGUGGGAUCAAUGAGCGUAAUGAGAGAAACCAGUGCGUAAAGUUGGUGAGCUGAUCUGCCCGUCUCCCGCUUCCCCUCUGAACAUUAUUGUUGUCAUUUCUGGGGGAUCGCUGUGUUCCUGUGGUCCCGGUUCCAGUGUGGAUUUUAGAACCCAUCACAGUGUCUUUGUCUGUGGGUGAGCGAGGCUUGUUGGACGGUAACAUUUCAAGCGGAGCGCUGCUAGGAGACAUUAGAGGAGUCUGUGUGAACGUGCCACAUGUGUGUGGGAGAUAUGGAUUUGCUUUUACUAUAGCCAAGGUUUGCCGCGGUUUUUUAAAAUAUUCAUUUUUCAUUUUCUGACUGUGCGCGUGUUAUUAUAUUGUAUUUUCUCUUAAACGACCGCUGGGAUUUCACGACUCGUGCGGAAUUACAACCAUGAACUUUGUUGUCAGUUUGGUACAAAUCCUUUUGGCAGCGGUUCUUCAGCUAUCCACAGUAAAGACUGCCAGCAUUAACAAGGGACUGGACAAGAGUAAAAAUGAGGUCCUCCCACUCUUGGACGUCAUUGAGAAGAGUAAGUGCCAGCCAAGGGAAGUGCUGGUGGACAUCUUCCACGAGUAUCCGGAGGACACGGAACACACCUACAUCCCUUCCUGCGUGGUCCUCAACCGCUGUGGAGGUUGCUGCAACGACGAAGCGAUGGAGUGCGUACCCACGGAAACCAAGAACAUCACGUUGGAGGUAAUGCGGUUAAGACCAAUGGUAAUGCAACAUAAUAUUCACUUAAGAUUCACCGAGCAUAAAACGUGUGAAUGCAGACUAAAGCCAGAUGUUCAACUAAAGAAAGAAUACCACUGUGCGCCUUGCUCAGAGAGAAGAAAACGCUUGUUUGUGCAGGACCCUAUCACCUGUAAAUGUUCCUGCAAAUUCACACAAUUAGACUGCAAGUCCAGGCAACUUGAGUUAAACGAGAGAACUUGCAGAUGUGACAAACCAAGGAGAUGAGACCAGGAGAGGCGGACUACACUGUUAUGAAGGAAUCUUUUUUGGCACAGCACUUUGAAACCUGAGGAUGCAUUCCGUGCAAGAAAUGCAACACUAAAUGACAACGCGAGACAGGAUGUUGUCGACUCUGAUCUUGCCACUGUCUGUUUUCCGCCUAAAGAUAUUAAUAUAUAUGUACAUAACACUAUAAGUACAUCGACAAUGUGUAUUGCUGCUACAUAAAAGGAUAUUAUUUAAAAAACGAAACGAAUGCGCCAAUGGCGUUGAAUGGGAAAUGUUUCAGUGGCAGUCUGCUCAUAGUAGGACUGGGAAAAGAAAUCUUAUUUUAUGUAACACUUCACUGGAUGCUGGUCUGCUGUGGACACGAAUAUCUUAAAUAUUUCUUAGUAAGAGAAACUGGUGACGACAACUUCAUCAAGCAGUGCAGCGAAGCCCAACUCACCUCUAAACUGUGGAAGGGACUGAGUUUGGAUGGAUGGAGGACAAGGAGCUGCAAGUGGAUAAACAGCUGUUGUGCUUGAACCAAACUACAGGUCCAAGAACCGUUUCCCUCUGUGACGAUGUGAAGUUUUGUCACCGCUGUACGAAGUGACUCCAGUUGGUGUGAGAAUCACCUAAAAUGUCUCUCAGAGUUUCCAGAAAUGACUGUCGGGUUACGUGCCGUGGUGAUGGAUAAUGUGAAGAUGACUUUCUUCCCACACGGAAGGGUUACAUGAGGAUGGCAAGAAUAAACUACAGGUUCAUUUACAGUGAUGCUUUGGCAAGUAACUAAUUAGCAACCUGGGUUAAGGUCUCUAAAUGUGGACAAGUAAAACAACCUCUAAUGUUGAAGUUAAGUGUCAAAGUUUUGAUCAGGGUUAAAGGUAACACACUACUACCUGUUUCUACUUGUGCCUCCUUUACGUAACCCUUUCCUGCUUGGAAAACAGAUUUGUCUCUCUUUUUGUGCACAGAGUUUAUUAUUUGUAUUUUAAGGUAUUGUGUUUUUUUCACAUCAUGUCUUGAGACCAGGCUGCCUAAAGGGAUACUACUGUAGGUAUAUACGGAGACAAGAAGUAAACAGACGAGCUGAUCACAGCUCAUCUCUAUAGAAAUCCACAGCCUUCCAAUUUUCUUAUUUAAUGGCUUUGUGUGUGUUCCAAAGAAAUAGUCAUACAUCCACAACAGAGCAGUUUAUCAUAAACGAUCUGUAUAUACUUACUAGAUAUCCCUGUGACUAGUACACUACACCUAAUUUAUAGAAUAUGUUCAGUAUUCUGUAUCAUUAUAUUUAUAUGCAGUGUUAAAGUAUUUUUUGUUUGUCCUCCUCAAUUGUUUUUUGUCUGUCUGAAGAUUGAACAGAGAACACGUUUGACUGUAGAUGCCUUUUUUUUAAGCGAGAGAAGAAACUGUCUAAUAGACAAUGCUUUGACAUUCCUGAUUUAACAUAAAGCUGCGUUUCUCACCAGCCAGAGGGGGAUCAUGGUGGGCCUGUUGACCGAUAGAAACCCCAGCCAUCAGUGUGUGAAUGAUGCCCCGACACAGGUGUUUUUCAUUUUGGACUGGGGCGAUGGACAUGUGGUUUUGCACUUGUGGGCCCGAAGACACGUCAUAAGGAGGACUGAGGGAGUCUUGUUGCCGCUGUUCAGGCCUUUAGUCUAAGGGUGGUAAACUGCUGCAGAGUUUUUUUUUCUGGCUUUAAUCCAGGUGUUAACAAAAAGUCCCCUUUGUGAGAACCAAGUAUCAAACACAGCCACUAACCACAAAUCAAACUUUCCCUUUAAUAUUAAACUGUUACCAUAUGAGUAAAUGACCUUACUCAUUGUUGAGUAGCCACAACAAAGCUGUAUGAUAAAGAAUAACAGGACACAAAGAUUAGUAAAGUCACAAAUUAUUUUUCAUUGUAAGUGAUGAACUAAAUGGGCCACAAUAAGAAGAUUUCAAACUAUUAUACUGUUAUAGAUUAAAAAAAAGUAUGCACUGUGUACUUCCACAUAUCAUCUAUAUUAUUUAUAAGAUAAGGUAAUUAUUAGGGAUGAGCAUGAGUACUUGAGUCCUUGAAUUGAACAUCAGUAUUUGUUCAACAUAUACAGUAAUCGCUCCCUCUUUGUUUUGCCCUGUAAAAAGAAAACACAUAUAUAUAAAAGAUAUAAAGGUACAUUGCCCCUGUCCUGUACUAAUAGUGUAUAUGUUUUGGAUGGAAGGCAGUAAUCUAACUGCUAUCAAUCAAUAUCCAAAUAGAUCCACAUUGAAAAAAUACUCGACCUGCACAGCCACAUUUCUUUUUUUGACCAGACAUGAGAGGGAUGUAAACUAAAUGAAUGUGCAGUGCAAGCUUUGUUAUGUUAAACGUGUAGAUCAUAGAACAACUAGUUUGAUUAUGAACCAUUUAUGCAUUAAGCACAUGGAGAAAGCAGCAGAGACAGAUAACAGGCGAUAGACCAGUAGCCUAUGAAAUCAACUGUUUAUCACCAUUACUUUUUACAUACAAUGACUAGUUCAAAUGUGUAAAUGAUCAAAUUGCCUACCUGCAAUCAUAGGAAUUUUCAGAAGACAGGUCAAGACUCAAACUCACCGGCUUUAGAUAUAUAGAUUUUUAAUAUAUAUUUUUAUCCCUUUUCCAUAAAACAUGAUUUAUGAUGUACUUUAACCUCUAAUGCUUGGUCAAACUAAAGUUUUGUAAUAUCAGAUGCUCAUAGCAUAAAGCUGCUACACAGAAAAGCCUCCACACUACCUGUGUCAUGUGUUAGUGCCAGUUGUACCACUUCUGUUCAUCAAACAUGUGAACCAGCUACACAGAUGAUUUUCACUAGUACCAUCCUCACACUAAAGACCUGACAGUGUUGUCACUGAGUCCGGCUGCUGGCUCAGUGCACACGGCUCUCCAGUCCUCUGAUGAUGAGAACAUUCUAUUUGUAUUUAAAAAACAGACUUUUUUUUUUUUGAGUUUGUACAGCCACAAACAUUUUUAGUAUAUUUUCACAUUAAUAUAUUUAUUGGUGCUGUAAAAUAUUUUACAAUAUUAAUACUCCUCCUUGGUUGUUGUUUUUAGUGUAACUAUUAAAACAUAUUUAUUUUGAAAAUACUUUGGGUUUUUUUAUUAAACGUCUUUUGGAGCCUUGU